UAGAAGCCACACACGUUAUUUUACAGUGUGUUUAGCAAAAUAGUUGCUGGUGUGUUGUAGAAGUAGCUUUAUCACGCUGUUGGCGUUGUUUAUUUUCACUGCGUUUUUCAUGUAGGUCUCCGUUUGGACUGUUAGCACCUGCAGUUUAAACCAGGCGACUAAAAACUGACAGAAAAAGGAAAAAGUUUAAAGAAAGCUAAUUAGCCUGCUAGCUCUGUAGCAGAAGAGGCAGCAUGGCAGCUGUAGUGGAGCUGAUAGCUGGCAGCUACGAGCAGAUCGCCUUCGGUUACAGAGUGAACACUGACGAAAAGGAGUGGACGGCCAAAGCAGACUUCACACAUCACGCCCACACAGCUUCAGUGUCGGCCGUGGCCACCAGUGAGAGGUUUGUCGUCACAGGAAGCAAAGAUGAGACCAUUCAGCUGUACGACAUGAAGAAGAGGAUCGAGCACGGAGCUCUGCUGCAUCAUGACGGCACCAUCACUUGUCUUGAGUUUUCUGGUUCGUCUCACUUGCUGAGCGGAGGAGAGGACGGACUCCUGUGUGUUUGGAGCACAAAGAAGUGGGAAUGUCUGAAAUCCAUUAAAGCUCACAAAGGUCACGUCACAUCGAUGUCCGUCCACCCUUCUGGGAAACUUGCACUUUCAGUCGGGACAGAUAAGACUCUGAGAACGUGGAAUCUCAUUACCGGAAGGUCAGCAUUUAUCAAAAACAUCAAACAGAAUGCCCACAUUGUCAGAUGGUCUCCAGAUGGGGACAAAUAUGUGGUUGUGGUGAACGACAACGUGAACAUCUACGACCUGCAGACGGCCUCCGUGACCGGAACAAUCACAAACCCAAAGAGGAUCUCAUCUGUUAGCUUCUUAAAUAACUCCAUCCUGGCCGUCGCAGGAGACGAUGAAACCGUGAGGCUGUGUGAUGUGACAACAGAGAAAUGGCUGUGUGAGUUCAAGGCUCAUGAAACCAGAGUGAAAGCAGUUGACAGUUUGAUGAUGGAGGAUUACUGCGUAGUGGUGACAGCUUCCAAUGACGGAUUCAUCAAAAUGUGGAAAAUGCAACUCGAAGAGGAAACUUUCACAGACACCAUUUUAAAUGUUCUGUUUCUGUCCACAGAACUUCUGCAGGAACUUUCAAAGACGAAGCGAGUCCGAGUUGCAGCAGAAGAAGUCAUUCUGGAAGACGAGAGCAAACCCAAGAAGAAGAAGAAAAAGGACAGUGGAAAAUAGAGAAGCAGUCAAAAUGUUUGUAUGUGUGCGUUUGCUUUUUGUUGCCACCUGGAGGUGAUAAAAUGUAGAAUUUGUGAAUAUGUUUGCUGUCAGCGCUGAAAAAGGACGACGGAAAGUGAGAUGAGAGACAAUAAAAAUAUUUUAUCAUCA